CACCCUUAUCCGUGCCUUGCUGCCUUUCCAUCCCGAAGGCAGGAGGCUGUGCCGGCCUCUAUGUAGCUAGUACGCGUGAAUUAUUUGCCAGAGUCACAGCUGGAUCGUGGCAGGCGAGCGCUAUUUCUCGGGAACAAACAUGCGAAAGGUUAGAUUUCAGAUUAGCCAGAGCGAUUAAUGGAGAUUUUGCCCAAAGUACCUGCUGAAGCCUGGAAAGUAUGGAUAUAAUGCAAGUGUUUGCUCAGCGCGUAGGCGUUGUUCACAAGUUGCUGCUGUUGCUCACUUGCAGCGAGCCCUUGCAUUGCACGUUUGGGGAGUUUGCCCUAGCUGGAGAUAGUGUAUAACCUUUCACAUCUAGAGUAUUUAUUUGGUGUAAGAGUGACGCCUGAUAACAAACUAAAAACCGUAGCCAAAUAUCUAUUUUGUUAGAGAAUAGCAGGCGGAUUGUUUCCAAGAACAACAAUGCGUCUUUGAUAUAGCCAGAACGAAAGCUGUUACUAUAACUGGCUUACUCAAUAGUAGGUGACUGAAAUCCAUUUGCUUCCUCACCAAAACAAUUAGUGUCUCAAAUUCCAUAUUUUCGGUCUGGUUUAGAAUAAAAACAUCGAUGACAAUAUCUUCACAGAAGUUGAAACUGCGACUUUAAUAAGUAUUGACUCUUCUGAGUUCUUCUUUAAAUUAUCCCCUAAAAAAACCCCCUAAAAAUAAAAAGACAACAACUUGGAGAACAGUUAAUAAUUUGAGACGGUCUCCUUCUGCCCUUUCACUCCGUACAUUCAGCAUACUGCUCUCUGGCGUGGAAAGGCUGCUCAAAAGACCAUUCAUUUCAAAUCCGGGCACAAAUCACAUUUUACGUGUGUUUAUUUAACCGCGACAGAAAAGAGCGAGCAAAUCCCGCCAACCACCCCGUUGUUAAGAGGAGCUCUGGUACCGGGGAAGUCACCGCUUUACUGGAUGCUGAACUUGGGGCAGGGCCGGGAGCAUCGCCUCGGCCACGGAGGAGGCAGGAGCAGCCCGGGGGCUGUAGCGUUCUCAGGAACAAAGGAGGGGAUACAGUCGAUACAUUCCAUAACGUUUACAUUUUCCCGCGAUUUUUUCUUAAUUUUCCUUUAGAAGUAGUGACCUGGGCGAAGCACCCCGCUAUCUAAAAGACACUGUUAUAGACCUUUUAGAAAAACUAAGUCCAAGGCCGAGGUGAACUUCAGGUCACCGCGUCUAACAAAUAUGAAAAUGUCGCCUGGUGAAGGGCACGCCUUGUUAUUUAACAAAGACUGUCAAUGUGUAAGAUUAAUAAGAAACAAAAUGCACACGGUGUCACUUUUCGGUCACUUUGAAACUUGGGACAGCCUCGCAUUCAAGAGAGGAAAGCUGAGUCUAAAUAUAUUCAAAAUGGUUGAAAUAAAAUUCAACCCAGUCUGGUAGUGUGAUUCCUCCUCCUGCUCUUGAUGGAGGAUGCCCGAGCACGGUGAAAGGAUUAUUAUUAUUAUUACUAUUACUAUUAUUAUUAUUAUUAUUAUUAUUUUUACUGUUAUAACUAUUUUCUCUUUCGGCGUUAACUACGUUUUAGCCGCGCAUGCGGAGGGUAGCAAGAGUGUUAGCCUGUUUCACAAGAAAAAAGGGGAACCCCUUUUCCCCCCUCUUCGGGUAUGUAUGAAGUUGCCUCUUCUUGGUGCAUGAAAAUUGACUCUCUCCCUCUUAACUUAAUUCCAGUGGGGUCACCAUCUCCUCCCCUGCCAACCUCGGCCAGGAAGCUCUUGCUCCUUUAUUAACUGAUUAAAGUCUCCUUUGCCAGUGAAACCAAGCCCUUAGUCCUUAUGGAAAAAUAAGCGAGCUGGCUUAUUUUUUUCCUCUCCUUUUUGUUUCUUUGAGGGCUUAGGAUGAUGCUACAAGUUUGUUAAAGGGAAGUACCGGGGGAAAAAAAAAGUUUCUGAGAUUGUUUAUUACAGCCAUAAAUCUUGCAGUAAAAUGUCGAAAUGGCCGUGUGCAAGAUAACACUUGGUGGUCUUGGCUGGGCUCUUGUUUAUGAUAACAAAACCACAAAGACAUGGAACAGGCCUUUUGGAGGUCCUGCCUCAGUACAUCUUCGCAGACUAAUACAACCACACGAAAAAAACAGAUUUCAGCUGAGCAGCCCAGGUCACCUUGCAAAUUUACAGUCGUAUACAAAAUUGUACCCUUCUUUCUCUCACCCAGCACUGGAAUCCUAUGGUAGAAAAAGACGCAGUGAAAGAUGUAUACUUUGAGAUCUAAUCAAGGUAUUCGUACGUACGUGUCUGCAUGUAUGCGUGUGCUUCUUCAAGCCGGGAAAACGUGCUCUGCUAGUGCUGGACUUUGGCAAGCGUUUAUUUUUUCAUAGUCGUGUAGGUGGGAUCUUUAUUCUUUUACAACAUGGGUUGCUGUUGUUUUCGGGGGAGGUGUUGUGGUUUUAAAAAUACAUAUAUAAAUAAAGCAAUCUCCUCUUUCCUGUCAAAUGUGUGUUGUUAAAUAGUUGCGGCUGCCUGCGUGUGUGUGUAUAACGGCAUUUCCUCUCUACGCAGAGUAAAUAGAGAAACUUAUCUAUUACCCCAGUUAAAGACCUCCGUAGAUGUGCUGUUGGAAAUGAUGGUUCUGAAAGGCAUUCUCUUGGAAAAGUCUGUGAAGACGCAGAGGAUUUUCCUGGAAAAAAAAAAAAAACAAACCAAAAAACCAACCAAAAAAAGUGGUCAUAUGUAAAGACACAGCAGCUUGGCUGUCUGCUAAAAAAAAUGUACACUCACUUGCUGGAGAUUGAACCGCGGACUGCAAAAUACCCCAUGGCAGAUUAUCGUCGUUUAAGGGAGCCCCGAAACAAACCCACUCGGCCGAGGAGGUGGGAGCGGGGAGCCCUUCAGCCCGGCGCUGCGCAGCUGGAGGAGGUCUGCCCGGAGCGGCCAUUGGAGGAGGAGUGCCACGUGACAGAGGGGUGCCAAUGUUAUUCUCCAAGGGUGUCAAGACCCUGUCAGUUUGCGAAAUAAAUAUUGGGAAACAACGAAAUGCAAAAAGCGACCUACUACGACAGCUCUGCAAUCUAUGGUGCCUACCCCUACCAAGGAGCAAAUGGUUUCACUUAUAAUGCGAGUCAGCAGCAAUAUCCUCCAUCUUCAUCACUUGCAGAAACUGAGUACCACCGCCCUGCGUGCUCCCUCCAGUCCCCGGGCAGCUCUGUGUCCCACCACAAGGCUAAUGACAUCAGUGAGAGUUGCAUGAGGACUCUCCCCAGCCAGCCUCUCCAGCCACCUGAUCCGCAGGCCCCACCGCAGCCACCUCCAGCCCAGCAGGCACAACCUCCACCUCCGUCCUCCACAUCACCAUCUCAAAAUGCCAGCAACAACCCUGCCCCAGCCAACCCCACCAAAAGCCCAGCUCUUAACUCACCCACCAUGUCCAAACAGAUAUUCCCAUGGAUGAAAGAGUCUCGACAAAACACAAAGCAGAAAAAUAGCAGUUCCAGUUCAGGUGAGAGUUGUGCUGGUGAUAAAAGCCCCCCGGGGCAAGCCUCCUCUAAGAGAGCCCGUACAGCUUACACAAGUGCCCAGCUGGUAGAACUGGAAAAGGAGUUCCACUUCAAUAGGUACCUUUGCAGGCCACGAAGGGUAGAGAUGGCCAAUUUGCUCAAUCUCACAGAAAGACAGAUCAAAAUCUGGUUUCAAAAUCGCAGAAUGAAAUACAAAAAGGAUCAAAAGGGCAAGGGCAUGAUGACCUCUUCAGGAGGACAGUCCCCAAGCAGAAGCCCCGUCCCUCCAGCUGCCGGGGGCUAUCUAAACUCUAUGCAUUCUUUAGUAAACAGUGUUCCCUAUGAGCCCCAGUCACCUCCGCCAUUUAACAAGCCUCAUCAAAACACCUAUGGCAUCCCUGCAUCGUAUACUGCUCCUCUUAAUAAUUGCCCACCUCCUCAAAAGAGGUACACGGGGACGGCAGCUGUGACACCUGAGUACGAUACUCAUCCUCUUCAAGGCAACGGUUAUGGGAAUCCACAUAUACAGGGAAGCCCCGUCUAUGUAGGGGGCAACUACGUGGAGACCAUGACCAAUUCUGGGCCUUCCAUCUUCGGUCUAACCCAUCUCCCUCAUCCUUCUGCGAACAUGGACUACAGCGGGCCUGGGCCAAUAGCCAACAAUCACCACCACGGACCUUGUGAUCCACACCCAACAUACACAGACCUUACUGCUCACCAUCCUUCUCAGGGAAGAAUUCAGGAAGCGCCCAAACUCACUCAUCUGUAAGAGACAGGAGUCACUAAGUGGAACAUCAAGGCCCUGACUUUUGGAAAGUACUUACCCCUUCCCCUCUCUCUCUCCUUCCCUCUCCCCCUGUGCACCCGUCUCCCCUUCUUGUUUCUUUUGUUUGUUUUUGGUUUUUUGUUUCCUUUGGUAAAAGCGUUUUCUAGUUUAUGUGACGUAGCAAUAUUUGUUGCUUGAAUUGCUCUAUAGUUUCAUUAGUGGAUAUUUAUCUUCUUGAACUGUAGCCUUGUGUCUCACUUUGGGAGUAUGCAAAGGCUUUAUACUUUACCUUCUACACUUUUAUCAAAACAGGGUAUAUGAACAAAUUUUCUAUAAAAGGCAUUCUUAAAUGUGAAUUUGUUCGUACAUGAUUGAUCCCACGGGGAAGCAAUUUUUUUUAUUGCACUUCUUUUAAAUACCGAGAAAGACAUCAAAAGCGCUUGGACAGGGACUCCCUGGACAAUUAUUAAUACGUGUAAGUCUUUCAGUGUGUGUAUGCUGGUGAACAUUCAGAUUUAUUUAUUUUUUUCUUUUUUUGCAAACAUUGAAUAAUCUAAGUGUUUAAAGUUUUAUUUAUCCCCAUUUGUUCAUAUUUAUAUAUAUAUAAAAAAAAUCUGUACCCUGAAUAUUCAGGAAGCAUUUACCUGGCCAUAUGUUUAGAUAGCAUAUCGGCACACGUAGGAAAUAUAAUUUGAAAGGGAACUAUAUCUCCUUUUACUAAAAAUGGUGAUAACGAUUAUGAUGACGAUGCAAUAAAAUCUGGGAAAAAAAAUCACGGUUUGAAUACUUUAUGCUUGUAACAUCCAGCUAGGCAGAAAGUGUGUGAGGCUGAAAAGGCUAGAUUUGUUUUGAAAGUUA